GCAGCGCGGCCGGGAUGAGCGGGAGCGGCGCGGCGCCCGGCCCGGGCUCGGGCUCCUCCCCGGCCGCCUGCCGCUUCGCGCACUACUUCGUGCUGUGCGGGAUCGACGCGGACAGCGGGCUGGAGCCCGACGAGCUGGCGGUUUUGUACCAAUGGCUAGAAGCAGAUCGUCAUGGCAAGAGCCAAGAUGCUGCAAAUACGACUUCAGGUGAAAAUUUUGACCAGAGUCCUUUGAGAAGAACAUUCAAAUCCAAAGUUCUGGCCCACUACCCUCAGAAUAUAGAAUGGAACCCUUUUGAUCAAGAUGCAGUAAACAUGCUAUGCAUGCCUAAAGGGCUGUCUUUCAGAACACAAACUGACAAUAAAGAUCCCCAGUUCCACUCAUUUAUAAUCACCCGGGAAGACGGUUCUCGCACCUACGGUUUCGUUCUCACCUUCUAUGAAGAAGUCACAAGCAAGCAGAUCUGCACGGCGAUGCAGACGCUGUACCAGAUGCACAACGCGGAGCACUACAGCAGCGUGUACGCCUCGUCGUCCUGCAGCAUGGACUCGCUGGCCAGCAGCGCUGACGAGGGCGACACCACUUCCCUUUUGAAACUCCAGCGAUACAACUCCUAUGACAUCAGCAGAGACACCCUGUAUGUUUCCAAAAGUAUCUGUUUGAUCACACCACUGCCUUUCAUGCAGGCCUGCAAGAAAUUCCUUAUCCAGCUCUACAAGGCCGUUACCUCACAGCAGCCACCACCCCUGCCGCUGGAGAGCUACAUCCAUAAUAUUCUCUACGAGGUGCCCCUUCCACCUCCAGGGAGAUCGCUGAAGUUUUACGGUGUUUAUGAACCCAUCAUCUGCCAGAGGCCGGGGCCCAGUGAGCUCCCCCUCUCCGAUUACCCUCUGCGGGAGGCCUUUGAGCUCCUGGGGCUGGAGAACCUGGUGCAGGUGUUCACCUGUGUUCUCUUAGAGAUGCAGAUCCUUCUCUACUCACAAGAUUAUCAGCGCCUGAUGACGGUGGCCGAAGGCAUCACCACACUUCUGUUCCCAUUUCAGUGGCAGCAUGUUUAUGUGCCCAUCCUGCCUGCUUCUCUGCUGCAUUUUCUUGACGCUCCUGUCCCUUAUCUGAUGGGCCUUCAGUCAAAAGAAGGAACUGACCGUUCUAAGCUAGAACUUCCUCAAGAGGCGAAUUUGUGUUUUGUGGAUAUUGACAACCAUUUUAUUGAGUUGCCUGAGGAAUUCCCGCAGUUCCCCAAUAAAGUGGAUUUUAUCCAGGAACUGUCUGAAGUUCUUCUUCAGUUCGGGAUCCCCCCUGAGGGCAGCCUGCACUGCAGUGAGAGCGCCACCAAGCUGAAGAACCUGGUCCUCAAAGACCUGGUCAACGACAAGAAGAAUGGCAACGUCCCCGCGAGUAGCAUCAGCGUGUACGAGCUGCUGAGGGGCAACGAGACCAUCGCCCGCCUCCAGGCCCUGGCCCAGAGGACCGGUGUCGCCGUGGGGCAGGUGGACCUCUCGGCCUCUCUGGGUGAGAAAGAAAAGGACGUGAAACUGCAGUGCGAGGAGGCAGAGCUGAGGGACUACCAGCUCAACGUGCAGCUCCGAGAGGUCUUUGCCAACCGCUUCACGCAGAUGUUUGCAGAUUAUGAAGCGUUUGUGAUCCAGACCGCCCAGGACAUGGAGUCGUGGCUGACCAACCGGGAGCAGAUGCAGAACUUUGACAAAGCUUCCUUUCUGUCUGACCAGCCUGAGCCUUACCUGCCAUUUCUUUCACGCUUCAUUGAAACACAGAUGUUUGCCACCUUUAUUGAUAAUAAAAUCAUGUCUCAGUGGGAAGAGAAAGAUCCUUUGCUUCGAGUCUUUGACUCUCGGAUCGAGAAGAUAAGACUGUAUAACGUAAGGGCCCCCACCUUGAGGACGUCUAUGUAUCAGAAGUGCGGCACUUUAAAAGAAGCAGCGCAAUCAAUUGAACAGCGACUGAUGAAAAUGGAUCACACUGCAAUCCACCCACAUCUACUCGACAUGAAAAUUGGUCAAGGCAAAUAUGAGCAAGGAUUCUUUCCAAAGUUACAGUCUGAUGUCUUGGCAACAGGACCAACCAAUAAUAACCGCUGGGUAAGUCGGAGCGCCACCGCACAGCGCAGGAAGGACCGCCUUCGCCAACAUUCCGAGCACGUCGGGCUGGACAACGAGCUGAGGGAGAAAUACAUGCAAGAGGCACGAAGUUUAGGAAAAAGCCUAAGACAACCCAAACUGUCAGACCUCUCUCCUGCAGUGAUUGCACAGACCAACUGGAAAUUUGUAGAAGGCUUAUUAAAAGAAUGUAGAAUGAAGACAAAACGCAUGUUGGUGGAGAAGAUGGGACACGAAGCAGUGGAGCUGGGCCAUGGAGAAGCGAACAUAACCGGCCUGGAGGAGAACACCCUGAUCGCCAGCCUCUGUGACCUCCUGGAAAGGAUAUGGAGCCACGGUUUGCAGGUCAAGCAGGGGAAGUCGGCUUUGUGGUCACAUUUAAUUCAGUUUCAGGACAGAGAAGAGAAACAGGAGCACCUUGCAGAAUCGCCAGUUGCCCUUGGACCAGAAAGAAGAAAAUCUGACUCAGGAGUCAUGUUGCCAACACUCAGGGUCUCUCUUAUCCAGGACAUGAGGCAUGUUCAGAACAUGAGUGAGAUCAAGACUGAUGUCGGACGAGCGCGGGCUUGGAUCAGGUUGUCCUUAGAGAAGAAGCUCCUGUCCCAGCACCUGAAGCAGCUGCUCUCUGACCAGCUGCUCACGAAGAAGCUUUAUAAACGUUAUGCUUUUCUGCGUUGUGAAGAAGAAAGAGAGCAGUUUCUUUACCAUCUUCUUUCCCUCAAUGCUGUGGACUACUUCUGCUUCACCAGCGUGUUCACCACUAUCAUGAUCCCAUAUAGAGCAGUGAUCAUUCCCAUCAAAAAGCUGAGCAACGCGAUCAUCACGUCGAACCCCUGGAUCUGUGUGUCAGGAGAACUGGGAGACACAGGAGUGAUGCAGAUUCCCAAAAACCUCCUCGAAAUGACCUUUGAAUGCCAGAACCUGGGGAAGCUGACUACUGUUCAGAUUGGUCACGAUAACUCAGGACUGUUGGCCAAAUGGCUAGUGGAUUGUGUCAUGGUCAGAAACGAAAUCACAGGACAUACGUACAGGUUCCCAUGCGGGCGGUGGCUGGGGAAAGGCAUCGAUGAUGGGAGCCUGGAGAGAAUUCUCAUCGGGGAGCUGAUGGCAUCCGCACCAGACGAGGAUCUGGUGAAGCAGUGCCGGACUCCGCCGCAGCAGAAGUCACCCACCACGGCCAGGAGACUAAGCGUCACCUCGCUGACAGGGAGAGCCACCAAACCAAAUGCUGGACAGAUCCAGGAAGGCAUUGGAGAAGCUGUGAACAAUAUUGUGAAACAUUUUCACAAACCUGAAAAAGAGAGAGGAAGCCUCACCGUGCUGCUCUGUGGGGAGAGUGGCCUGGUCGCAGCUCUGGAGCAGGUCUUCCACCACGGCUUCAAAUCGGCUCGCAUCUUUCACAAGAACGUCUUCAUCUGGGACUUCAUAGAGAGAGCAGUCGCUUACUUUGAAACCACUGACCAGAUUCUAGACAAUGAAGAUGAUGUCCUCAUUCAGAAAUCAUCCUGGAAAACCUUCUGCCACUAUGUGAAUGCGAUUAACACUGCCCCCAGGAGCAUUGGGAAGGACGGCAAAUUCCAGACUCUAGUUUGCCUUGGAACACGGGACCGGCUGCUGCCACAGUGGAUCCCGUUGUUGGCCGAGUGCCCUGCCAUCACCCGAAUGUACGAGGAGAGCGCCCUCCUGAGGGACCGCAUGACAGUCAACUCCCUCAUCCGCAUCCUGCAGACCAUCCAGGACUUCACCAUAGUCUUAGAAGGCUCACUCAUCAAAGGAGUGGACGUGUAGCCCGAUUAGCCAGAACCUCUCAGUCCAGAUCCCUCGUUCCUGAACCUUCCCCAGCCGUGGGGACCGAGUUGGACUUGUCUGAUGAGGCAGUGAGUCAUUGCAGGGGGCAACACACCGCAUCCCCCAAUCUGACCAGUCCUCCCACUGCAGACAAGGCGAAGUGCUGUAUUGUAGUUCAUUUGAACCUGGAAUUUAGUAUAAAAUAGAGUAUUUUCAUGUGUUAGAUGUCUGUAAAUACGCUCUCUUCUCUAAGAAAUUCUAUUACUCUGAUAAGAUACUUUUCUUAGGUUGAAUAUUCCUGUGACUUAAAACAAGUAGCUUAAGAGUAUUGGGAGCUGCGGGGGGGAGAGUGGUGCUAGUCAGGAAGAAGCCAGUAAACGUGUAAAUAGAGUGCAACCCAGUGGGGCUCUUUUUCCCUCCAGGUACCACAAGGAACCCAGAACGUAUUUUGUUGUGUCGCAGCCGCCCGCCUGUCCCGGCGUCUGCACCUUUGUAUUGUGAAUGUAAACAGCUUUACCCACCGUAUGGGGUAGCGGGCCUCACUUGUAUCGCUCAAGUUUCAGAUGGUUUCACACACUUGAAGUGAGUCACUUCUCCAGUCUUUUGGAAAAUUUUCCAUUUCCAUUUUCAGAUUUUUUUUCACAAGAUGAAGGUAUAAUUCAAAUACUUUAAACACUGGGCCCCAGGAGCUUGGCUUGAACUGGACCGAGAACACACAAAGCCCUGAGAAGUGUGUUAAAUUGUGGGAUUAUAACUUCUUUACACUUCUGGAAAGAUUAGCCUGGGCGAACUUCAUUCUUGGCAUUUUUAUUCUUGUUAUUUGAGGUCCUUUGGGGAGAUGUGAGUUUUCAGAGUGUUGGCCACAUGGUCCUAAGGACUGCAAGCAGCAGUCUGAUUCUGCCAUUUUAAUUUGGCCACCUCCACUCUGGAGCAGCCCAGUACCUCGUAAGGACGACCACAGCCCCGCCUUUGUUAGGUCCCACUCGGCCGGCUCCCUCCACCCCCGCCCCCCGUGCCCAUCCCCCCUCAGGAAGUGGAAAGAAUGUCUAAGAAGGAGGCGGGCUCUGCGUGGCCUGGAAUGUUUUUGUGAAAGUAUUUGUUGACCAUGAUAAUGCAAAUAAGAGAAGAAGAGGGCGAGAACGGACCCUUCCCGGGUGUCUCAGGGCCGGCCCUUCGUAAGCAGGGCCGACAGCGUAAAGCCGCUGGCCGGGAAGGUGGAAGCCGGUGCGGCGCGGGCUGGCCAGAGGGGAGCAAAACUGGAGGCAGCGGUUUCGAAAGACCAAGCGUGGUGACUUUCCCAUUUGGUGUUUUAGAAGGAAGUGAAAUGAACGUGGUGGCAGCUCUUUACCUUUAGUCUUCAUCUCGCUGUCGGUCCCGUGAGUCUCAUUGGGCAUUUGCGCGUCGUCAGCAGCCAGAUUGCCUCGGCAGAGUCCCGCACUUUAUUCCCGGUUGUGGCCGAGAAGCAAAGCCAUGGCCUCUCAGGGCCCUUGCGUGACCCGAGGGCCCUGGGCUUCAGCCAACAGUGUUGUUUCCCUUUUCUCCUGGAGGAGGAAACUAAUGAGGCAAGUGCCUCCUUCCCUCUGUCAAACGGGUGUUCAGCCAAGGCGCACCCCCUUCAAUGCCUGCCUGAGCACUUGAGGAGGGAAGGGCAGUGGAAGGCAUGGGGGGGGGGGGUAAAGACGGUCCAGGUGACCAGCGUAGACCAGACAUUUGUUUGCCUGCAGCAAAAGUAUGUCUCCGGCGGUGCAGCUCUUCCAGGGACACGGGAAGUCUGUGGCUGGAGGCAUCCGGAAGCUGUCACACCAGGCCCUUGCUGUUUCAGUGCUCAGAAACCAGAGCGUGAUCCAGGCUGGGGUUUUGUUCUCACCACCUCUUCCACAAGGCCAUGCUUCUGACCCGCGCUGGGCAAACAGGGAUGGCGCAGGUUAGCAGGCUGGAGUUGAGUCGCGCAGCCUUGCCCUCUCACUUUACAGAUGGGCACACUUGCGGAUCAGAGAGAUUGAAUACUACCCCACCCCUGGUCAGUGACAACACAGGGUCUGGAAUCCAUGCUUUUUCAUUACACCAGGCUGCGUGGGGCUGACCUCCAAGGCAUUCAUAUGAAUAGUCUUUCUACCCUUGCAUUUUUAUUCAUCUGCAUAUACAGGUGAGGACGUAAGGAUUAAUAUUGAUGAUAAUGGAUUCCCCUCAAGUUACAGAGAAUUAGACCUGUUACAAAAACUGGGAGCAAAAUUGGGUUGGGGGCCUGUGAAUGAAACCAUUACUUUAAAAAGUAAAACUUCCCACGGAGAGUCACACCUAAAAGUUUCAUGCCUCUUUCUGUAGUCGGACCAUAGCAGUGAGGUCGCGAAUUUCAAAAGGAAGGGUCACACCAGCACUGACACAUCCUCUGGGGUGCCAGGCCCCUGACAGGGUCACUUAGGGUUCCACGUGCGUGCCCGGUGAUCCUGCCAGUGCUCCAAACGCCCGGGGACCACUGAGCUGCCUGAGGGACCCGCAGCCCAUUCUUCUGAAUAUUGUCAGUGAUGGUAAAUGUUGGCCUCUCAGAAGAAAUUUAACAACAACAAAAAAAGGCAUUAGGAUCCAAGCUGAUGAAGGAACAGGAUACUUAAGCAGAGUUUGAGUUCACGUAAGAAACGCAAUUCUAAUGAAGUAAGACUUAGUUCUUACAUGGCUCUGAGCCAAUACCAAAAUAUUUUGAGCAGGACAGUAGCAGAAUCCUUAGAAUAAAUUUACAUAUAAAUGUACGUAGCCUUCCAAACUGACUUUUGAAAAUGAUUCAGAGGUAUAUUUUCUGCUGUGUUUAUUUUUUAAAUUAAUAUGUUGUUUUAUCAUCAUACCUCAAAGUUAAAGUACAUAAAAAUCAAUUUUGUAAUUGACUUUUUUCCCCCUCAGAAUAAAUUAAAAGUAAUGCCUAGAAUCAUUAAUUAGUAUUUUCACAUAAUAAUAACUUAAGAAGAAAUUGUUUUAAAAUUAAGUUGCCAGAAGUAUUAACCUCUUGAAACAUUUAUUUUCCAAGUGUUUUUCUGCUAAUCUCAACCUUGUGACACGGUGGCAUUCCACCGAUGUUGGUAUUACGUGUGAGACCCUAGAGCUGGGCUCUGGUUGAGGGCUCAUUAGCGCCUUAAAAAUGACCAAGGCUCAGUGGAGUAGUAUAAAGGAGGGUGGAGAGAAUACAGUAUAAACCAGGAGAAGACAGGACGCUGAGAACAAAGAGUAAGGCCGCCCAGCCUCCCCCAUCCUCUUUCCCACUGGGGGCAAGAAUUCGAUGGAAGAAACCUAAAGCUGGCAAAAGUUUGUGAUUUCUCUCUAAAAUUUAUUUUAAAUAAUUUCACACAUUUUUGUACCUUUUUGUAACCCUGCUGUAUUUACUUUAACAUGGCUUUUUAAGAAAUCGUUUAAAUGAACUUCUGUCACACUGUAUGAAUGAUACAGGGGAAAUACUGAAUUGCUCCUACUUCCUUUUUUGGCAAUAAAGCACUGAUGUAUGCAAGUGUAAGUAAAUGAGAGUAGACCGUACAUGACACUGUGUGUGUGGUGUAUAGCUGACACCUCUGAGAUGCUCUGAAACGAGGCAACAGACCAGGACCUCGGAUUCCCCAGGGAAGCAUUUAUUUGACAGCAUUGGGCGUGUAGCUCUUAAUAAGGAAAUAGCUUCUUUCUGCUAAGAAUUACGAUUUUUUUUCAGUAGAUUUUCAUUUUGAGAACUGUGAGUAUUUUCUCUGUGAGGUUUACAGAAACUAGCGUAUCCUUUUCACUAUUCAAAAGGACAAUCUGAACCUUAGCUAUUUAUAUUUCAGUAUUAACACACCUUCAUUGAUUGAGAAUGGAGUCUUGAGAUCUUAUCUCUACUUUUAUAAAGUGAAUCCUAUUUCCAAGUCAUGUCAUUUGAAGUCUGUGUUUCUUAUGUAAGUAUUUGUUACAUCACCAUUUAGUGUAAGAGGAGACGGAAACAAACAAUAAGCCACUAGGUCUCUUAAUCCUGUUAGAAUACAUUUAUAAAUCUCUUGAAUCAAACUGAUUUCCAAGCUUUUUGAAGAGGGUGCCAAUGGAAUGUGAUCAGAAUAAUCCAAGGACAGCCUCAUCCUUCCAGAUCUUACUAGACCUGAUUGUCCUCUCAAGGACAAGAUAAAGAUUGCCUCCAGAAAGGUACCGCACUGAGCAAUUAACAGCAGAGUGAAAAAAAAGUCAAAAAAAUUUCUUCUCAUUUGAAGGAAUCCAAGGUAUCCUUGGGUUAUGUGGGAGGGAAUAAUGCUUGACUCAGUUAUUUAAAUCUAUUUCUGUGGCUCCAGUCUUUAUUUUGAAUACCAGACAGAUCUUGUUAACAGUAGAGAGGUAAUGGUAAGAGUUCCUGUUGUCAAUCAACUGAGGGUGUAAAACAAGUAGAAAAAAUCCUCUGUGUUACACUUGAACCAUGUAUAAAUGUAUCUUGUGUAUCUUUUUUUUAAUGAGCAUUUCUGCAUUUAAAUUAUAUUGUUUUUCUUUGUAUUGUUAACAAAAUGCAUCAGAACUGGAUUUUUUUUUCCUCAUCCGAACAUAAUUAAAAUUUAAAGAGUAUUGUGAUAUCAAGCACUUUAACAUACGUAUCAGAGAAACUGAGGUGGGUUUUUCAGGUUUUGGAGUACAUUUAAAUAUGACUUUUCAUGCUUUGUUCUUUACAAAUAAAACUGUGGGGUUGAUA